GCUGGCAUUGCUGUGUGUGUGUGUGAGUGCGUGUCGGUGCACGCCAGAUAGUGGUCUCCUCUCCUGCCAUGGAAGAGGGUCCGCUUCAGUCGGACAAACAACGCUGCAUCUCAUUAUAAAACUCUGAUCAACAGCGGGACUCUAUUAUUGAUUCUGUCGGGAUUUAACGCGCACGGUGCGCCGGUGGGAGUGGAUGCGGAGCGCAGCAGCGGUCGCCGCCGCGUCUCCAACUUGACCACCACCAGACAAUGGGAGCAGCUGAGCCGAGCUGCUGCAGCGCCAAGUACUAUUACAACUGCUCGCCCCUGGGAGAUAAGUACGAGGAGAAGAGGGAGAACCAGCAGCGAGAGGAGGGGGUAAAGAAGGAGAGGGAGAAGAGGAGGCAGACGUGUUGUACCUGCAGCAGCAGCGCCGGGACUCCCACAGCAGCCGAUACGCACAGAUCCAGAACGAGGCUCCGGCUGCCCCAGGGAUCCAUGUGAGACAUAACCUGCAAAUGUGACAGAAAGCUCUCCUCUGUGCGCGGAUUUUGGGAAUAUAAAACAUUCAUAUUUGUUUCAGCGCUCCAGGGACAGAAGGACGCAGGUUUCUGCAGUCAAAGAGGCAGUGAAGGAAUAUGUUUCAUUUCUCUGUUAACUGCGGCGGAGUGCACAGACCGGACCUCAGAGUCAUUGCGUGUAUUUCUUUCAGGUAUUAGCAGCCUGUAAACGGCUGCUGUUCUCUGAGACCAGAGAAUCCCCCUCCCCUCCAUUCUUUGUCCCCGGUUGUGCCCCCUUGAACCAAAACCUGGACGGGCUUCCUCCUUCCGAUCCCUCCGUGUGCCUCUGUCCGAGGUCCUGAACACAGUUUCGGCCUGGAUUCAGUGGAUUUUCUGUUUCGGCCGCGCUGGAGGAGUGAGAGCGGACACAGGCAUGAUUUUAUGGAGAGUGGAGUGAUGGCCAUCCCGCGGCUCGGCACCGGAAAACACGGGAUCUAAAACCCCCACGCACCCACAGAGAAGCAGGACAUUCCGGGCUCACCUUGGAGGUCAUAAACCAUCACCCCAGCUCCCCCAGUCCCUGCCACCAGACCUCCUUCUCAGUCUUUUCUGAAGAGCGUCCGGUUGGACACUUCACAACCCCCUCCAAAUAAAAUGAGACUGGCAAAAAUGUGCCGACUGAACGCGCUGGGGAUCUAUUUGUGGGAAACGGUUUUAUUUUUCAGCUUAGCAGCGUCGAAAGAAGCUGCAGCAAGGAAAGCUGCCUCCCCGAUGCCACCGUCUGAGUUUCUGGACAAACUCAUGGGGAAAGUCUCGGGUUACGACGCCAGAAUCCGGCCAAAUUUUAAAGUGUGGAACAAAGACCCCAAAGGCUCCAAAACUGAAGCUACUCACAAGAAAGGUCCUCCUGUCAAUGUAACCUGCAACAUUUUUAUCAACAGUUUUGGAUCCAUUGCUGAAACAACAAUGGACUACAGAGUGAAUAUUUUCCUGAGGCAGCAGUGGAACGACCCCAGGCUUGCUUACAGUGAGUACCCUGAUGACUCGCUGGAUCUCGACCCGUCCAUGUUGGACUCCAUCUGGAAACCUGACUUGUUCUUCGCCAACGAGAAGGGGGCCAACUUUCACGAGGUCACUACGGACAACAAGCUCUUGCGCAUCUCUAAAAAUGGCAAUGUGCUCUACAGCAUACGAAUAACUCUGAUCCUUGCCUGUCCGAUGGAUUUGAAGAACUUCCCCAUGGAUGUCCAGACCUGCAUCAUGCAGCUGGAGAGCUUCGGCUACACCAUGAACGACCUAAUCUUCGAGUGGGACGAGAAGGGAGCCGUGCAGGUGGCCGACGGCCUGACGUUACCUCAGUUUAUACUCAAAGAGGAGAAGGAUCUGCGUUACUGCACCAAGCACUACAACACAGGUAAAUUUACUUGCAUCGAAGCUCGUUUCCACCUGGAACGUCAGAUGGGUUACUACCUGAUCCAGAUGUACAUCCCAUCGCUGCUCAUUGUCAUCCUGUCCUGGGUCUCCUUCUGGAUUAACAUGGAUGCAGCGCCUGCCCGCGUUGGUCUGGGAAUCACCACCGUGCUGACCAUGACCACGCAGAGCUCUGGCUCCAGAGCCUCCCUGCCCAAGGUGUCCUAUGUGAAAGCCAUUGAUAUCUGGAUGGCCGUCUGUUUGCUGUUUGUCUUUUCGGCCUUGUUGGAAUAUGCCGCUGUGAACUUUAUUGCCCGCCAGCACAAGGAGCUGCUGCGCUUCAGACGGAGGCGACGACACAUGAAGCCUGAGUCUUGGCCUGUGUUGCAGGAGGAGGACCCGGGUGAUGGGCGCUUCAGCUUCCCCGGGUAUGGCAUGGGUCCUGCCUGCCUGCAGGCCAAGGAUGGGAUGGCCAUCAAGGGCAACAACAACAAUGCCCCGACCUCGGCAGCGCCCGAGAAGAGCAUCGAGGAGAUGAAGAAGCUAUUCAUCAGCCGGGCCAAGCGCAUUGACACAGUGUCUCGCGUGGCCUUUCCACUCGUCUUCCUCAUUUUUAACAUUUUCUACUGGAUCACUUACAAGAUCAUCCGCAGCGAGGACAUCCAUAAGCAGUAGCCAAAUGGAGGAAAAGGGCGACAGUGAUGUGACGCAAAGAAAGCAGCAAAACAAAUUAAAAAUAUGUGACAAAGAUGACUCCAAGGCAGAUAGUAUUGGCCCUCUUUUCAAGCCAUACCUCUUGUCAUCUUCUUUCACUCUUUUCCUUUUUGGUCAAGGAUUUGCUGCUUUUUGCGGCCUCCUCUAAACCCCACCUGACCAAUUCGUUUGAAGCUUUUAUUGCUUUUUUUCCUUCCUCUUUACCCUUCAUUCCCUCCUCCUGAAUCCCAGACCCUUCUCCUGUCUCUUUAAAGCCCCUUAACAGUCUGGACCAGUGCAAUAGCAAUGCAGUAAAAUGCAUGAUAUUUGAAUGUGGCAAUAUAUUGAAGAAGAAACGUGACAAAAUAAACAUGAACUUUCAAAGACACACAGAAACAUGUUUGGGAGUGAAUGGACUGGAAUAAAAGGAGACAAAAAGGUCUUGUAUUUAAUUUUAGCUUUUUUGUGAAGACAGAUAUAUAAUUGUAUAUGGAAAUAUGAUGUAGGGAUGGGGUGGGAAAGGUGCAAGAGGCCUACAGCAGUGUAAUAUACUUAUCAUUCAUAAUUGGAAAAUAUAUGGACCAUGUCUCCAAGGGUGGACAUCUGGAACAAAGGAUGUUUCACCUCAAAAAAAAAAGAAAGUAAGAUGGCGGUUUAGUGCUUCCAGUAAAUUAAUUGAUGCAAGGAUCAUGCAUUCUAUAUAUCUAGAUUUGCUUCAAACAUGUAUUGCAAGCACUUGUCAAAGCUUUCCUCCCUCCUGCUGCCAACGCCACAAAAAUUGCAGAGACACUUGAAGUUUGUCGCUGCUCCUGGAUUAUGAAAAUAAAAUGAAGACAAGACACAAAAAAAUACUGGACACCCAGAGCUGAUUAAUACCUGUGUGAUCAACACCUAUCAGUUCUUAAUAACGUUCACUCUGCAUCUUUGUGUGUUUUUCUUUUGUUUUUUGUUUUUUUUACUAUAAAUACUAAUUAAUAUAUGUGCCAACUAAACGUGUCACUUGUGGCUGUGCAACUCUCAUCAUCUCGGACCUUUUCUUCUGGCAGGAGGGCGAGCAGUUUGAUGUCUUUUGGGUUUUUGUUUUGAUCGAGAUUUUAGUUCGACACCAUCAGCCGAAGAAAGACCAGCUCGAUCCUUGACCGAAGUAAAAAAAAUGCAGAUUCUGAUUCAUUUUCCUUUGCUGUAUUGGUUGGGACUGAAACAUCCACAUGUUUACAUCUGAGUGCUUCCUUGCCUCAUCCCUGUCUCAAUGUGACACCAACAUGCUCCUCCUAUCCUGAUCCCAAGCAAGAGGACAAACAUCUUAAAUCAUACAGAUUAUAAAACCACAAAACAUUACCUCCAUCUCAUCAACAUGAACUAAAUGUAGCUGUGAACCUCAUAGAACUACAUCAUUACACGCAGAAUGCAGCAACUGGAUUUAUUUUACCACACUGAAUGGAAUUUGAUCAGUCAGGCUGGUUGAUGUGAUUGAUUGAUAAUUUUGCUUUGCACCAGGCUUCCCUAUGCAAUGAUCAGUAUAUGCAAUUUCGUUUUUUUUUUUUUUACUUCUUGAUUGCUCUUCCAUUUCAAGUAUUAACACCUUCACGAUUAUAGGUGAGAAUGUCGAGGUAAUGACCUCUUAAAGGCACUUUUGGCCCAAAAGCAUGCAGAUGACUGCAUGAAAAACUGAUCUGUAAAAAGAAAUAGACUCAUCCAAAUCUACCUGGAUAUUAAGGUUUUGCCCAAGUUAACGCACAAAAGAAUAUUAUGUUCACUAAGUCAUCUGUGUAGUCUACGCUGAAUAUUCAUAACGUUUAAAAACGCAACCGUUCUGGGAAAUUUCCAGUUUUCAAGCAAAGAAAAAUCUAAAAUUUACCUUAGAGAUGUACUGUUAAUGUUGUGAUAUUAUUUAAAAAGAGAUUUAUUUAUUCUCAUCACAUAAAAUGUAUUUUAGCACCUAAAAAAAAAAUGAAUAUGGCUCAUAAAUGUAUAAAUUGAGGCUGAUAAUCAUUGGCUUUGCAUCACUGGACAAGAACAGUAUGUCAUUAUUGUAUUUGCUUUAAAAUCUAGUUCUGUUGCCAGGUUUUCUUCGUGAAAAGUGAAACUAAUCACUCAUUGUUCUUAGGCUCUUGGUAAGAUGAGGAAUGAUACACAUAGCAUAUAUUUUGAGAACCAGCUUCAGGCACUUAUUUUCUACAUGAAACUGAAAAAACAGAGUGCCCUUGGAAUAUUAGAGCCUUUUGUAAUGUUCCUGUUAUGUGCCAUAUAACAUCUGGAGAAUAUAAGAGUCAUUCCUUAGCCAACCACACAACAUUUAUGGCCUACGCAGUUUUUUUUUUUGCAGAACCAAUUUUCUGAAUAUCCUUAAAUAGAUGGUGGUACUUUUUAUUUGUCAUAUCAGGAAUCUGAUUUAUUCCUGUAUAAAUAUAUAUCCUAGGCUUUGUGAAUGAAGGUAUGUGCGACUGAUCUGAAGGGCUAUGCCACUCACUGAUUCAUUCAUUCUGAUUCUAGACUUUAAAAUAAAAAGUGCCAUAUAAAUAGACAUCACCCAAAAAGCUAUGCAUUUCAUUCCAAAUACAUUGUUGUGCAACUUUUCAUGCUCAUUAUCACCUGACAGUUACUUCCUAACUCUUGGUUAACGUGUGUUUAGGUCAUUCAUCUUCAGCUGCUUAUUCAAGGCCAGGUUGCAACGGCAGCACAUUUAGCAGAGAUCCCCAGACGUCUCUCUUUGCAGCUACCUCCUAAACCUCAUCUGGGGGACGCCCAGAGUCAAGAAAGAUCAUCUCACUAGUGAGUCCUGGAUCUGUCCCAAUCCCUUAUCCCACCAGAAGCCAAAACCAUCUCAGUUGGUUGGUUUUAAUCCAGAGAAGUGAUGCCCAGGGCACCAUUCUAUCAGGGGUGACAUAGACACGCAUGUUAGAUGUUAACUGUGGAGUCACCUGAAAAUGGUUUUCUAUUGCUCAUUGUGAUGGACAGUCAAUGGAGACAUGGGUUUGUAGGAAAACAUGGCUAUACAACCUGGCUGGCUAAUGAUACAGAGGUUGGAAUCUGCGUAGUGAUCCACAUUCAACACAAAAUUUAAGGGUUAAUUUAACACUGUAUUUUUUAGGUAGUAGGGGUUGCAUUUGGUCAUCUCUAGCUCAGGAUCUAAAACACACAAAAAAGAAAGCUGGUUUGUUUUAAUUAGAAAUUCUUUAAAACACAGUUUGAGAGUUAUGAAACCUUGAUUCCAUUUCUGAACAAAACACAAACAAAAUGAACAGUUUUGACCCCUUAAUGACUGAAUUGAUUUACAACUAUUAUUAAAAAUGUAUUGUUUGUGUUUUUGCUGUUAAGCUGAUUCUAAAUUAAGUAAAGAUGUUAAUUUGCAUAUAGCACAACAGAUAUAAAUGUAGGUAUUUAGUAUGGAAGUUAGUUAAAUUAGGCAUUAUUGGGUAGAACUCCUACCACUACAUGGUGACAAAGUAUUUCCAUUACAAUACUUUAUGUGUUGAAUAUGUAUCAACAUGUAUUGGUGGUAGACUUUUGCCACUAUGGCUGUCGUGUGGUCUGAGGCAAAUUCAAGAUAAUAGUCCCCAAGUGGUUAAUGUCUUUUGGCGAUUAGGAGAACCUUAUAUUCAGACGAGCAGUAAAAUCUCCUUCAAAUUUGGGAUAUUUAGUGCUCUCCAAAAUAUAGUUAAAAAUCUCUCAACUUACCCAGAGUAUUCUGGGUAACGAUACAGAGUCUCCUCGUUUAUGCAAGAACCGCCAGUGUGCACAUAAAUGUAUUGAGACGUCACAAGUCACAGGAUUUUAGGCACAGACAUUUUUUUUAGAAACAACUGUGCUUCAAAAUACAUACAUUACCAAAGGCAACAUAUGCUGCAUGUAUGUUUUUCCUUCAAAGGUAAAUUCAGCCAUUCCACAGCAGAAGCUCAUCUCAGCUGCUUGUAUUCAAGAACCUUAAUCAUUACCAACAGCUCAUGACUGUAGAUGAUAGUUUUAUCACAGAAUAUCUAAAGCUUUGCCUUUUGGGUCUGGCUUUUUACAAAGACAGACUACUCUAAUCCACUAAUUGAUAUUCCACUUCAUUAUACUUUUAGUCUUGAAGAGAAGCAACAAAAAAUGUGUGCAGUAACUGAAUCCAUCCUUUUCCAUCUCUGACCCUGUUCUUUGGGAGGUGCUUGAAACUGCAAGCCGCUCCAAUGCCUGCCGGGGGCAGUUUUAAACAAAGUAAUUAAUUAGCAAGUUUUUCAGUUUCAGGUUAACCCUAACUGCAUCAAGGCAUUAACUUCUGAGCAAUCCACACUGCCGCCAUCAUAACAAAACCACCAUAAUCUCGCUAAAGAAGUUUUAUGGGUGCUCAAAAUUCUCAUGAAACCACAACAACAACCGAUAUCUGUCACUGAUAAACUGAAAUGUUUAAUUAGUGUGAGGGAAUGAUGAAUAUCAGAUACAUUCUGCAAUGACCUUUAGAAUAAACAAUAUCCAAAACAAGUGUCAUUGGGGAGUUAAAUUUAAGAAUAUGAAGUCACAAAAACAGUGUAUUUUUCUAAGCUCCCUUACAUAUUUUUCAACAUAUAGCUUAUUUGUGGAUGAAAGUAAAAAAAAGAAAAGUAUUAUAGGAUUUUCAGUGAAUCCUGAAAUCAAACUGUUUUUGCAAAGAUGCGACUUUUCCCAGCUAAAUGGUGUAGCAUAAAUAUAUUAUUAAAAAAUAUAAAUCCAUUACCUAAACGGCAGACAUUUCAAUCUUGAGCUCCUCUGGGACUACAGAAUCUAAUUCUCUAUCUCUGCUUGUAUUGAUGUCUCUUCUGCCCUUCUGAAUAAAACCAAAACCAGAGCGGAAAUCCUCAGAAACAAGCUCUGUCUCAUUAGGAACUAAUAUUUCCUUCUGUGCCAUAAACAUUCCAACUCGAAGCACUUCUGUUCAUGAGCCAGCAUCCAUUUUUCUGGAACACACAUACAUGUAUCUUCUCGUGCCAUAUCAGGUUGAAUAUGCAACCAAAAAACAAUGGAAAAAAGAAAAUGAAAAAUGGACCUACACACAUAUUAUGAAUUUUUUAACCAUGUUACAUGAUUCAUGAGCCUUUCCUCUAGUAUGGAUUUACUGUGCAUCAUAUCUCCAUCAUCGUCAGCCUCAUAUUAUUGUAUUAGUCAUUGAUUAUAAUGUAGUGGUUGGAGUUGCAAAAGGUAUAAUAUGUAAAAUAUAUUGGGUUGAUAUAGCAUCAUAUUGAAAGUGAACAAGAAACGUUCAUUAAAAUUUAAUUUCUAAACUGGAUUUUAAAGAAGCAUGGUUUGAUAUUUUCAAGAUCGAUGAUUUUGAUGGGGAUUUUUUGUUUGUAUGUUUCACCUGUAUUUUAGUGUAUGUAUUGUACAAUCUGAUGCUCAGAGGGAAAAUACAGUGAAACCUGAACUGCUGUGAAUUAAUGGAAGUACUAUGAUUAUUCAUUUAUUGGUCUUCUUUGCAAAGUUGGAAUGGCCUUAAUUUUGCUUUACCUGCUUCUAUUGUGUCUGGCACAAAGUGCACCUCUUUUUAAUUUGCAAAAUUUCUGAUGCUAAUUAUGGCGCUUAUAUAAGCUGAGAUUGCACAUCAAAGCAAGGUGAAAAAGUUCACCGAAUUCUUUUAUUUUUCAUUAAUCUGAGAAACUAUAUUUUGCAUGAAUAUAAAUAAAAAUGGCAGAUAUUUUGGCUUGUACAAAAAACGUGAAGCAAUUUGAAGAUGAAAAAAAGAAUGUACCAUUUCUGCUGUAUCUGUAUAUAUCUGAAUAUUUAUUAAAAAAAAGUGUCAUACUACUAAUACUAUUGAUGAUUAAAGGUUUUCUGGACAAAACUCUCCUUACCUGUUUUUGAACAUUGUCAAGAUUGUUGGAGUUGGAUCUUCUGCUUUCUGUUACUCGACUCAAGGAUCUGUGUAAUCAUUAAAGAAAAAGUAUUAAAAAUCGCAAACAAACA